GUAAAGGAGCAAAUGAUAAAAAGAGAUCAAAAGAAAUUUAGAGAUUAUAUAAAUGUGAACUGAGUUUUGAUUCCAUCAAACCAAAGCGUGUGAAUCGGUUUAAUUGCUGAGUUUUCUGAACUUUUCAUCUUUCUCCUCCUAAAAUUCUUUACUUUGACCCUUUACUCUUUCAUUCUCUCUUUGCAGCACUUUUCUAGGGUUCCUUUCUUCUUCUUCUUCAUCCACAAUCAUUCUUCUCCUCCUUCAUAAAGUCACUCCUUCUGUACCGUUCUCUGUGUCCACGUUCUCUCGCUUAGUACACUGUUCAAAAUGGCCUCUUUCGCUCCCUCUUCUUCUCUGAAUCCGAAACCCGUUUCAGCUCUAUCUUUUUCUUCUCCAGAUGUUGUUGAUGACAGCUAUGAAGACUCCUGCAGUAUCUGCCUUGAGCCUUUCAACUGCGAUGACCCAGCCACUAUUACCAGCUGCAAACAUGAAUAUCAUCUUCACUGUAUUUUAGAAUGGUCACAAAGAAGUAAAGAAUGCCCAAUUUGUUGGCAGUUACUUGUCUUGAAGGAUCCUGCUUGUCAAGGGCUUCUAGAUGCUGUACAAAAUGAGAGGCGCUCAAGGUCCAGAAAAAUAUCUUCCAUGGCCCCCCAGGCUUUUCAACAUUCCUAUGAGGACUUUGAUGUUGAGCACGACUCUUUCUCAGAUGACUCUGAUUUGGAUGAGCGUAUUAUGCAGCAUCUUGCUGCUGCUUCAAGCAGAGCUCGUUACAUUCGCAGACGGGAAAAACAGAGAUCUUCUGGCCUAGGUCCUUCCCAUGUUUUUAUUUUCUCCCCUCAUGAAAAUGGGAGUGGUAUGCAGCAAACAUACCCAACGUCUCCAGAAGAAUGCCAAAGUUAUGGGUCACCCAGAGGUGAUUCACCUACUUCUCAAAGGCCACCUGUUAUUCAACCUCCACCAUCUUUUAUCUGCAGCACUGCCGCCAAUAGUGAUGUCCCUUACAAACCAAGAGUGCUUUAUGGCCAGUCAUCACCUGAUGGUCCACGCAGACAAAGCCCAUCUGAGAUGAUCAAUUUGCCUGAUUCUAUCAAAUCCAAGUUGUCUGCUGCCUCAGCCAGAUACAAAGAGUCAAUCUCUAGAAGCACUCGAGGCUUUAAGGAGAAGCUAGUUGCUCGUAACAACUCAGUCAAGGAGCUCAGCAAAGGAGUUCAGCGUGAGAUGAGUGCAGGAAUUGCUGGUGUUGCACGAAUGUUUGAGCGCCUAGACCUUACCCCAAAGAAACCUGGAGCCCCCACUCCAGUUUCUGGUUGUAAUGGAGGCACUUCAAAUUUCAAGGGAAAAGGUGUGCUAGAGAAUGUUAUUGUUCAGUCUUGUAACAAAAGUAGCGGGAGAAUCGCUGAUGAGAGUUCAGAUGGACCCUCUCACAUCACAGUUGCUGCACCAGGCCGUGUUGGUGUUGAAGUUUCUUCUGCGCAGAGCGAACACUGAUACAAUGAAGUUUGUAUUUGGCUCCUCGACUGAUAGUUUCUGUCUUAACUCUCAAGCGUAAGGCACAUGUUUUACCUCUCAAGCAUUAGGCAUAUCAGCAAGUGACGUUAUGCGAAGAUCCAAGCUGCUGGUUGGUUUUGCGUCCUGCAUUGCCUAUUUAUGCGAAAUACAAACCAUAGUUCCAUAUGGAUGAGUUAUUUGUCCUGCCCUACAAUUUUUUUCCUUUGUUGCUUAGUAUUAAAGGGAUUCUGGGGGAAUUCUGUGCCAGUUGCCUCAGGCCGUCAACUGUUUAAACUUAUUUUAUUAUAAUAUACUGUGUUUUGCUUCUUU